AACUACGAAUACUGCAAUGGCGCCAUAAAGCUUACUUGGGCCACUUUUAACAAUCCAAACAGACGCGAUUGUACAACACUUUGUAAACAUGUCAGUUGCUGGACCAACACGAAGAAAUAAAGACUGGUUCGACAGUGGUGCUCUUCGCUUGGAACUUUGUUAAGCCAACGUUGAUUCAUAAGUCUUCGCAUACGUUUCCUGUUUAAUAUUUACUAACAGCAUACUUAGAAUCUAAAGUACACGUUUAUUAUUAAUCACUUUACCUGUAUUUCAAAUAAAUACUAUUAGCGAUCUUAACAAAAUAAAAAAGUUCUUUUAUAGGCUGUCAGAGCGUGCUGUAAACUCGGUAAAUACCCUCUCCCCGUGUUUUAGAAUUGGACUUGUCUACGACCUGUAUAUCAAUCAGUAUACCUGUAUUUUAGAUAAAUACUAUUACAAAAAAGUGGUUCUUUUAUAGGCUGUCAGAGCGGUAAACUCGGUAAAUACCCUCCACCGUGUUUUACAAUUCGACUUAUUUACGACCUGUGUUUAAGUGACAUGCGAUCAAUCGAUUAAUCAAUCCAUUAGUCAUUGCUGUGGAAACUUUUGUGCCAUUCUGGCCAACUUACGUUCGGCAAGGAGGCAUUAAUGGAUACUAAGAACCAUUAGUACUCGACAACUCUCCACCCCAGCGGUCCACUGGCAGUCUUGAAUGUGCUGUGGACAAUCCCCUUUUUCUUGGGUCAACAAUGUGCUUAAUAACUGCCCCACACGGCUCACACCACCCAUUUCUGACAAGACGUUACACCAUGAGUAAGGUGGUGCUUCUGGCUCUCCUCGCCCUUCUGCAACAAGGGGGCGCAGCAAAUGUCAAGAACCUCCCUGAGAUAGUCCACCAUGAGACGGCAGGAGGAGACGGUGAAGUCACUGGACAAAUUACACUACACUGUCCGGUUCAGCCAGCUCCGUCCUGUCCGGCUCUAGAUCAUCUCCUGUUGUACCUGAAUGCACAGCUCAGCCUGGAGGGGCAGGUUGAUCAGCUGAAGAACAGGACAGACAGCCUCGAUGGACAGCUGCAGCAACUAGCACAACAAGAACUGGCCCAAUUCCAGGCCGAAGCUGAUCUUAAGGCCACCGUUGAAGCUCUACAGGCGACAGUCAGUAGCCAGGACAGCAUCAUCCAGCAGCAGGCUGCAGCUUUACAGCAGCUGCAAGACUUGAUUAUUUAACACAUUUAUUUAGCCCUGAAUAGUAUUUUAGGACAGAAAACGUGAUAGUUGGAAAAGUUGUGAUAACUUGGUUUUUAGUGGUUAUUUCAAUAAAUGUCUAUAUACUAGUGAAAUAAUGUGAUAGAGGGGUGCUAUCCCAUUUUUUCUCUAGUAGACACAAAUUAAGACCAAUCUUUUAACCUUUAUUAGUAAAAUAAUGGGAUAAAGGGUUGCUAUCACAUUAUUUCACUAAUAUACCGACAUCUCUUACUAGUAAAAUAAU